AUGUCGCUGAAUCAUUUCGUUUCAUUUCAAAAAUCCCCAAUAGUGUCAUGUGGCGUGAAGGGUUUCCUCGCCGUGGCUGGGAGGUGCAUCAGAUUACACUACGAGGAAGCUGACUGGAAGACGGCGAACUCCACCUGCCAGUCAGAGGGAUCCAGCCUUGUGAAGAUCGAGACUAACUCCUCCAACACAGCCAUCAAAACAUUUCUACAGACACACGAUAUUCUCAUGAGUCACAGUUACUACAUAGGAGGGCGGUGGUCGAGUGAUGACACCAAGUAUACCUGGGAGGAUGGCACACCGAUAGAGUUUACGGCUGGAUGGCAGACAGGACACCCACAAGAACCAGGGGACGGAAGAUGUGUGGUUCUGGACAACACUUCAAACAUGACCUGGAAGGAGAGCCCGUGUGGAAAUCUGCUGUGGUUUAUCUGUGAACUGAAAUAA